UUUCUUCUUCCCUUAAGGCCCACAAGCUGGUUUUACAUCUUUUUACAGUAACAAAAAAAAAAAGGGUGUGGGGAGAGAAAGAGAAUGUCCUCAUUGCAAAAGCUAAAGGAUUUAUAAAGUGGAGUGAAGCAAGUACCUUAGGAAAAAGAGAAAAGCCAUAAAAGGUCUCAUCUUUACUGAGUCAAAUUUGUGGGUUUUUAAUGCAAAAGCAAUAUCAGUCCUCUCUGCUAAGUUUCAGGAUUGUUUUUUAAGCUGUAAAAAUGAUCAAUUUUGCUGCUUUGUGAGUAGUUUUGAAGUACUCUUGAAAAAUGCAAACAAGCAAGUUGGGUCUAGGAGUGUGAUCACAUAUUCACGGGUCUCUGUGAACUCACAUGGUCCUUCUCUGUCCUUUCACAGUUCUUCAUCUUCCUCAGAACCAUUUUUGGGUCUUCCUUGUUUUCUUUUAGAGUGUGAUGGGAUUUCAAAGCAGUGUAGAAAGUAAAAUGUUGGGAUUGAAAUUUACAUCGUCAAAGCACAAGCGAUCAAAGAGCUUUCCAGAAAAGAGAAGAGUUGAAGAAGAUAGCUUGGAUGGUUCUCUUGAAGCAUCAAAUCGUAUAAAGCUGGAUAUGAGGCACUUGAAGGACUCUGUCAAAACUCGGAAUAAACAAUCUCCCAGUCCCGGCACUGAGGUCCAACAAAACUCUUUGAAGCAAGAGAUUUUACAGCUUGAGAAACGGUUACAAGAUCAAUUUGAGGUUCGUCGUGCAUUGGAAACAGCAUUGGGUUAUAGGACUUCCUCUCAUGAUAAUAGAAAUGAAACAUCAGUGUCCAUAACAAAGCCAGCUACCGAGUUAAUCAAGGAAAUUGCCGUGUUAGAACUGGAAGUUGUUUAUUUAGAACAAUACCUUCUCUUGUUGUAUAGGAAAGCUUUUGAUCAACAAGUGUCUUCUAUAUCACUGUCUAAACGGGAUGAAAGGAUAAAAACACCACUAGAUUCCCCGAGAGGGAGGUUUUCGAAAGUUUCGAGACCUGAUGAUGUAUCAAAAGUUGAAAAUUUAGCUGUACGGUCCAGUUACUGUGAGAACCCAUGCGAGGAGCCUAGUGUUCAUCGCUGUCAUUCCUCACUAUCUCAACAUUUGGUACUUUCAAGUAGAACUUCACCUCUGGACGAGAAUUUGGAUAGAGCUAUACGUGCCUGCCAUUCGCAACCUUUGUCCAUGACUGAGUACGCACAGAAUGCAUCAAAUAUAAUCAGUCUGGCCGAACAUCUUGGGACUCGUAUUUCUGAUCAUGUUCCAGAGACACCAAACAAGCUUUCCGAGGAUAUGAUAAAAUGCAUGGCUGCUAUAUAUUGCAAGCUCGCAGACCCGCCUUUGAUCCAAAACGGAUUUUCAUCUCCGAAUUCAUCCAUGUCAUCGGCCAGUGCAUUUUCCCCACCACAACAACAUGACAUGUGGAGUCCUGGGUUCCGAAACAAUUCAUCUUUUGAUGUACGGUUAGAUAACCCUUUUCACGUGGAAGGACUUAAAGAGUUUAGCGGACCGUAUAGCACGAUGGUCGAAGUGCCUUGGAUUUUCAGAGAUAGUCAAAAGCUAGGUGAUGUUGAACACUUGCUACAAAAUUUCAGAUCCCUUAUAUGUCGACUUGAAGAAAUCGAUCCUAUGAACUUGAAACAUGAAGAGAAGCUGGCAUUCUGGAUAAACAUACACAAUUCAUUAGUGAUGCAUGCUUUUCUAGCUUACGGUAUCCCGCAAAAUAAUGUGAAGAGACUCUUUCUACUAUUAAGGGCUGCAUAUAACAUAGGGGGUCACACCAUCAGUGCAGAUACAAUACAGAGUUCUAUCCUUGGAUGUCGUAUAUCUCGUCCUGGACAGUGGCUUCGGUUAUUACUCUCUUCGAAGACAAAGUUUAAAACUGGAGACGAGAAGCAAGCAUAUGCAAUCAAACAACCCGAACCUCUUUUGUACUUCGCCCUCUGCACAGGAAACCAUUCUGAUCCUGCGAUCCGUGCUUACACGCCGAAGAGAGUAUUUCAAGAGCUAGAAACUGCAAAAGAAGAGUACAUUCGUGCUACGUUCGGUGUCCGUAAAGACCAGAAAAUUUUGUUACCGAAGAUCAUAGAGUCAUUCGCGAAGGAUUCAAGUUUGGAUUCGGUCGGCAUCAUCGAAAUGGUCGAACACGCGUUGCCUGAAUCACUUCGUAGGAGCAUUAGAAAAUGUCAGCUAGGAAAAUCACGUAAGAACAUUGCAUGGAUUCCUCGGAACUUUACCUUUAGGUAUCUAAUAUCUAAAGAAUUACUAAGAUGAUUUUCAUUGUACAAAAAGUAGAAAUGAAAAAGGAUAUAUAACAAUGGAGCAUAUUUUGUAAUGUCAAUUGUUAUUAUCUUUUGUCAUUCAAUAGGAGGGACCAAUGAUUUAUUUAAUGUUGAUUAAAGCGGUAUAUAACAAAGGGUUAAAUUAUUA